AUGUGGAAAAUCAAAAACAUAUUCGGGGAAACAAUUGGUCAAUCUGACAGCAGUGAGACACUCGAAAGGAAAAGAGUGAAUGAAGAUUCUAGUGACUCAUCUCAUUCUCAACAAUCGUAUGUUGAUGAAAGGAUUCGCAGUGCAACUUUUCUUUUUAGAAAGAAAGAUAAAGAAAGUGUCAAGAACUGGAAGGAGAGUAUUAGAAAAAUGUGUCAAAAAUGUUUUAAAAUGUCGCAAAAAGAUGUAAAGUUUGUGUACAGUCUUCCAGCAGCUGGUCAAGUGUAUCCCAUAUUCAUUGGUGACUCGGUCAAAAAAAUUGCUAUAAUUCAUGUGGAUGGUGUAGCACCAGAUCGUGUUAAGAGUCACAAGAGCCGGUUGGUUUCUUUUGUUGCUCGUUUCAUGAAAGUCACUAAAGAUCGCAUUCAUUAUAUGGAGGCAACUGAAGGCUCAUCUCUUGUUCUGUUUCAAAUGCGAAUGGAUGACUACUUUAGACUUUUUUCUGCACUUACAGUGGAAGCACGAUGCAUUGCACUUUAUCAAACAUUGAAAUGGACAUUUCCAGAGUUAGUUGGGGUCAAGUUUAGACUUGGUGGUUUGCCAGCAGUGGAAUUGAGCAAUUUAGGAGUGAGGUUGGAGAGAGUGUUGAUGGAUGAAGGAAGCAAAUUGAGAAUUUUGAAGAUGAACCAGAUGACCUUGUUGUUGCUGUCAGCGAUUGCUUUACAAUUCAAGGACAUGAACAUUGAGAAACACGUGUUUGAUUUGUUUGAAGAUGUUGAUGGUCUAACUGAUGAUCUGUUGAGUUCAUACAGUCAGAUCAGAGCAUUACAGGGAACAGUUCUACAUGCAAAGAUCUCAAGCAGACAGAACACAAGAGUGUUGAAUAAACUUGUGAAUGACAGAAUUGAUCAUGCAGUUAAGGAAAUUGUUGAAGACGAGAAUUCCAUUGCUGCAUAUUUCAGAAGAAUGAAAUUGAGAGAGCAUACCACUGCAAGAGAUGUAAAUGAAAAACUUGAUGUGAUUAAAGGGCUUGGAGAAGUAGUAGAGACAAAGUUAUCACAAAGACCACAAUUGGCAGAGUUAACUGCAUACAGUCACUCAUUGAUAGAAGGAUUACAAGCAAGAGUAGCUAAUCUCAAGCUUUCCAGGAAAAUACCUAAAAUGAGUUCAACGAUUUUGACAACAGAAGAUGUGGAAAGUGCAGGGAAUAGUAUUGGAAGUGAAUACGAACUGUUACAAGAAGCAUCCAUGUGGUCACAUGAGCACAAGUCUGGGUCUGCAUCACGUGACAUGCAGCGUGACGUCAGAUCACAACAAUUUGAAACUGCAGAAAAUCAGCAAGAACCAUUGCCACAUCUACGCAUACUUUCCUUGCUCUCACGUGCGUGUGCAGACACUGAAGAACAUGAUGAUCCAGAGUCUACCGAAGAACUUGAAGAGACCGACAAAGAAUCUGCGCAUGCCUGUUGUCCAUUAAUAUCAGACAGUGAGGCGUGGCCAGUUAUUCGCAGUAACUACUACUUCUUGUCUCAAAAACUUUAUUUGAGCCACGAAUUUCUCAUCUGUCUGUUUAAGCAACGUUUCAUAACAAAAGAUGACUAUGAAUAUCUCAACAGCAGCUUUGUCACUCGCAUGGAGAAAGUCGAUCAUCUCCUUAUGGACAUUCUUCCCUGUAAACCACCUGAUAUGUUUCAUGCUUUCUGUGACAUCCUUCGUGUUGGGGGUCAAUCGCAUGUCGCUGAAAAGUUACAAGAAAAUCCUCCGAGAGUUGAGCUUGUCUCACCAGGAAUGAAGAGGUCACAAGAAAGUUUUAGUCUUCAAAGGCAAGUGGAGCUGCUGCUUGUUGAAGUGUCUCAACUGGACAAGGAAAGAAGAGCAGCCGUCACACAUCCAGAGGAAAUGGCAAAACAAGCGAGAUGCCGAGCUGAUGCUGCAACGAUACAAGCAGAUGCUGUAGAGAUACAAGCAGAUGCUGCAGAGGCACGAUUGAAGGAAGUGAAGACAGAAAUGAUGGGAAUAGAAUGGACAAAUUUGUCAUUUCUAUGUUCUUGUCAACAACAUUCAGAUAAUUACAAGCAGAUCAAUGACAGUCUGCCAUCAUGGACACAGUGGAAUGUACAUAUGCCUCAUGGCAGUUUGUUGGCAUAUAAUAGAAUGGGAGAGAUUGAAGGCAGACUAGUGGUAGGAGGUUAUUAUGGUAAUCUGCAUGUUCUCACUUAUAAACAUGAUAAGUGGGACAAGUUUGUCAGAGACAAUGGUCACAUCAGGAAUGUAGUGUGUCAUCAAGGUGUGUGUCUGGUGUGUGUGAAAGAUGGAGAUAAAGAUCAGUUUGUGAUUGAACAAUUUUAUUUGAAUGAAGACAAGAAAUGGCGUUUCCUCACAGUUCUACCAAACGAACUGCAGUUGGAUUAUGUAUCUGUUGCUCUUCAUGACAACUCACUGUAUGUGGUGGGUGGUAUGACUAAGUCACGGGAGAGAGUGAACACAGCACGUGUGUGUGACCUUCACAGCGGUCAUUGGUAUAAGAUGGAUGACAUGCAAACAAAACGUAGUGCCUGUUCUUCUGUUAUUAUAAACAACACAGUGUUUGUAGGGGGAGGAAUGACUGAUGGACAUAACUUUAGUAAUAUUGUUGAGUGUACAGAUGUUCGUGAUAGAAAAUGGAGAACAAUCCCCUCUACAACCACAUAUGACCCAACACUGACUUCAAUCAGUAACAGACUGGUGGGGACUGGAGGAAGGACACAACAGUUGUUUAAUCCUGGAUUUCCUUCUAAUAUUGUAGAAUUAUAUGAUGAGAGAUCUACCAAAUGGCUUCCUCUGCCACACAUGACACACCAACGGUGGUUACAUGCUGCAUUCUCAACUCAGAAUGGAGAACUCACUACAGCAGGAGGGGAUCCUGAAUAUUCAAUAGAAAGUCUGAAGUGUGACUAAUGUUUUCUAUUUUCUAUUAUAGUCUCUAGUGAUUGUCCAAAACACAAUUUAUUGUAACAUUUGGCGUGUGUAUCAUAAACUAGAUAUUUACUGUAAAUCAUUGAUAUUUAUGUUCUUACAAAUUUUAGUGUAAACGUGCUCUCUACCUUUUAUAACAUCACCUUUCUUGUUCUCAUUUUCUUCCAUUAGUAGCCUGUUUCUAUAUCCGGGUUAUGGUAUA